UCCUGCUGCUUCGGGAAUCGUUUCAUAACAGGACCAUCGUAAUUCUCUUGCGUCGCCAUCUCUCUCUCGCUCUCGCUCUCUCUCUGUGUCCGUCUGUCUGUAUGUCUGUCGUCGUUGGUAUUUUUCCUCCUCUUCCCGCUUUUGGUGUUGCUGCAGCAGCCCCACUCCAACUGCCCUUCUCUAUUCUCUUCUCUCCUCCUUCCUUCAGUCAUCCUCCCUCUCCCAUGGCCUCUGCCCCAACGCACUUUCGCCUUGCGCUCCUCGUCAAGGAUGCUCAGCCGUCUGAACUCUUCCAACUUUUCCUCACCCGCCAACCCUCUCCUCCUUCUGCUUCUCCUCCCCAUCCGCUCCUGGAUGUCGACGUCUGGGAUCUGCCUUCCACUCCCUUGGCGUCUUUACUCCGUGGCAAGCACCCUCCUCAUAAUGACGAUCCCAGGCUAUUCAAGGCUAUCAGCAACGUCACAUACAACCUCGAAUGUCUUGGUCUAAAGGGAUUUGACGUCUGUGCUGCGGUUGCUCAGAUCCAAGCACGUAUUUUUCCAACAGGCGGCCCUUGCAAAUCAUGGCGCUAUUGGAAGUAUAUCGAGGAGCCUGAAUUUGGGCCGAAUCCACCUAUACACACAAUUGUUUUUUUAACUGAGACAUUCACAGACGAAGCUUGCUUCGCAGCGGACGGGGAAUGGAUCGAUCCACACAUGGCAUACAGCAUGCUGGUGAAUGCAGACUCAAAACAGAAGCGGAUAGGAACUCUGGCUAUGUUUGCCUUCUCAUCGCACUUUCCUUCAGGCUUGUCCUUCAAGUACAACCUUAGCAUACACGGCCAAGAGUAUCCACCCGGUGUGUUCGUUGCGCCAAUGGACUCAGCCACUUUAAGCCCGUUCAGCAAAACCAACUUAGUGGUGAUGGCUCCAACGGCUCCUUUGCAUCAUCCAGUUGACACUACUGUGGCUGUGGCCUGUGGUGAUGCAUUAAUCUGCGAUCCCGGAUGCUAUCCCUCCGCCGCACAUGCUCAGCUUGCUAAGAUUGUUAAUGAGCUGCCGAAGAAGCUUUUGAUCUUCGUCACGCAUCAUCAUCAUGAUCACGUUGAAGGCCUGCCGACGGUGAAACAGAAUAAUCCUCGGGCUAUUAUUAUUGCCCAUGAGAAAACACUUCAACGCAUGGGAAAAGAUUACGGGUUGGACUGCAUCGCUGUGGAUGGCGGUUCCAAAUUGGUGAUCUCUGGCCAGGAGCUUGAAAUUAUUUCUGCCCCAGGGCACACAGAUGGACAUCUAGGCCUAUUUCAUCGUGCUACGGGCACUCUCCUGGUUGGUGACCAUUGUGUUGGUCAUGGAAGUUCAGUGUUGGAUUCUAAUUCAGGCGGCAACAUGGAGGAUUACUUGACGACUUGCAAACGGUUCAUUGAGCUCGCACCAAAAGUGAUCAUACCAGCUCACGGAUAUCCUACCUUGUGGCCACUGCACAUGCUACAAAACUACAUCAGACAUCGGGAAGCAAGGGAAGCGAAGGUGCUUUGUGCCAUUCAAAGAGGUGCAAGGACUGCGUAUCAGGUGGUUUCCCAAGCAUACCAAGACACACCGCCUGCAUACUGGCCAGCCGCGUUGAUGAAUGUGAAGUUGCAUCUAAAUCACCUGAAAAUUAUCAGCCAGAUUCCCUCUGACUUCAACAUGGAUGAAUUUGACCGAAGCAGCAAGGCGCCAUUUAUAUUACGAUGCCUCCCCGCCGCUGCCAGCCACAUGUUACAGAAGCCCUUGUUAUCUAUAAUGGGGACCUCUCUUGCUGGAAGUUUAUCAGUCAUUGUGGUUGUAGGCGCAGUGGCGUGCUUAUGGACCAAGAAGAAAUGAACUUUAUAAUUCCUCAUUACUGUCUUGUGGGUGUCAGCUGAACACCGGUAGUUUUAGUGUGUGCUUAAAACCUUGCAUCUGGGGCUUGUCAUUAGGGCAAGUUGCUCCAGAGAAAAUUUUAUGUUUGCUAUAGCGGAGGCUACAACAUGUUAUUUCUUUCAGCAUUAAACCUACACUUCGAAAUUUUAGUUUUUUUGAAAAUGUGUACUAGGGUUCCUGACUCAACAUUUACAUGCAAUUAUCGUGUUGAUUCUUCAACCACCUUGUUUUUGGUAAUAUAUCGAAGGUUGUGCGCUGGGGAAGUUGAGUGCCUA